UAUAUACAUAACAUAAAUAUCGGAGACUCACAAUCAUUAGUACUUAAAUUAAAUCAAAUACAUUCGAUUGUUGACUGAUUUCACAAAUGUAAAAACCAACUCAAGCGGGAAGUUGUCCAGAUUCCAGUGACAGUGAACGUACCAUCGCACUCCCGAUUCUCCAUCUUCCUCCAACCGGGCAAGGGACCAACCUGCGUCUUGCACCCACCGUAACAAUUCCUGGCUUACAUACACUCAACAAGAUUUAAAGGACCACAAUCAUGACGGACUCCAAAUAUUUCACAACAAACAAAAAAGGGGAGAUCUUUGAACUGAAAGCAGAGCUGAACAAUGAGAAGAAGGAGAAAAGAAAAGAGGCAGUAAAGAAGGUCAUCGCUGCCAUGACUGUUGGGAAGGAUGUCAGUUCUUUGUUCCCAGAUGUGGUGAACUGCAUGCAGACUGACAACCUGGAGCUGAAGAAGCUGGUGUACCUCUACUUGAUGAACUACGCCAAGAGCCAGCCGGACAUGGCCAUCAUGGCCGUCAACAGCUUCGUCAAGGACUGUGAGGACCCCAACCCUCUGAUUCGCGCUCUGGCCGUCCGCACCAUGGGUUGCAUCCGUGUGGACAAGAUCACAGAGUACCUGUGUGAGCCGCUUAGGAAGUGCCUGAAGGACGAGGACCCGUACGUGAGGAAGACGGCGGCCGUCUGCGUGGCCAAGCUCCAUGACAUCAAUGCCCAGAUGGUGGAGGACCAGGGUUUCCUGGACUCCCUGAGGGACCUCAUCGCCGACUCCAAUCCCAUGGUUGUGGCCAAUGCAGUGGCCGCGCUGUCUGAGAUCAGCGAGUCUCACCCCAACAGCAACCUGCUGGACCUGAACCCGCAGAACAUCAACAAGCUGCUGACCGCGCUCAAUGAGUGCACGGAAUGGGGACAGAUCUUCAUCCUCGACUGCUUGUCAAACUACAACCCCAAGGACGAGCGCGAGGCCCAAAGCAUCUGUGAGCGUGUCACCCCCCGGCUGUCUCAUGCUAACUCCGCCGUGGUGCUGUCAGCUGUGAAGGUGCUGAUGAAGUUCUUGGAGCUGCUGCCCAAAGACUCAGACUACUACAACACCCUGCUGAAGAAGCUAUCCCCCCCGCUGGUCACCCUGCUGUCUGGAGAGCCUGAGGUCCAGUACGUUGCUCUGAGGAAUAUCAACCUCAUCGUCCAGAAAAGGCCUGAGAUCCUGAAGCAGGAGAUCAAGGUUUUCUUUGUGAAGUACAACGACCCCAUCUAUGUGAAGCUGGAGAAACUGGACAUCAUGAUCCGCCUGGCGUCCCAGGCCAAUAUUGCCCAGGUGCUGGCCGAACUGAAGGAGUAUGCCACAGAGGUGGAUGUCGACUUUGUGCGCAAGGCGGUGCGAGCCAUCGGACGCUGUGCCAUCAAAGUGGAGCAAUCAGCUGAGCGCUGUGUCAGCACUCUGCUGGACCUGAUCCAGACCAAAGUCAACUACGUGGUUCAGGAGGCCAUCGUGGUCAUCAGGGACAUCUUCCGCAAGUACCCCAACAAGUAUGAGAGCAUCAUCGCCACCCUGUGUGAGAACUUGGACUCCCUGGAUGAGCCAGACGCUCGCGCUGCGAUGAUCUGGAUCGUUGGCGAGUACGCCGAGAGGAUCGACAACGCUGACGAGCUGCUGGAGAGCUUCCUGGAGGGCUUCCACGAUGAGAGCACCCAGGUCCAGCUCACUCUGCUGACCGCCAUCGUGAAGCUGUUCCUGAAGAAGCCGUCAGAGACUCAGGAGCUGGUGCAGCAGGUCCUAAGCCUGGCCACCCAGGACUCUGACAACCCCGACCUGCGUGACAGAGGCUACAUCUACUGGCGCCUGCUGUCCACCGACCCUGUGACCGCUAAGGAGGUGGUGCUGUCAGAGAAACCGCUGAUCUCCGAGGAGACGGACCUGAUCGAGCCCACGCUGCUGGAUGAGCUCAUCUGCCACAUCGGCUCCCUGGCCUCCGUCUACCACAAACCCCCCAGCGCCUUCGUGGAGGGCAGCCACGGAGUCCACAGGAAACACCUCCCUGUGCAGCACAGCAGCGGUACUGCUGUUUUCUCCUCUGGCAGCAUCGAGACAGGUGAGAGCCCAGUCAGCGGGGGCCCCGCCGCGGCCAUGGAUCAGCCUCAUGUGAUCCCCAGUCAGGGGGACCUGCUGGGGGACCUGCUCAACCUGGACCUGGGCCCUCCAGUCAAUGUGCCUCAGGUCUCCUCCAUGCAGAUGGGCGCGGUGGAUCUUCUGGGAGGAGGCCUCGACAGUUUGCUGGGGGGAGACCUGGGCGGAGGUGUUGGGGGAAGUCCAGCAGUCGGACAGAACUUCAUCCCCUCAUCUGUCCCCAGUACUUUUGCUCCGUCACCUACACCCGCUCCCCAAGCCGUCAGCAGCGGCCUCAACGACUUGUUUGAGCUUUCCACAGGCAUGGCCAACACCUCCGGAGGAUUCAUCUCCCCAAAAGUGUGGCUGCCUGCCGUGAAAGCAAAGGGCCUGGAGAUCUCGGGAACCUUCUCUCGCCGCCAGGGUCACAUGUACAUGGACAUGACCUUCACCAACAAAGCCCUGCAGCACAUGACUGACUUCGCUGUCCAGUUCAACAAGAACAGUUUUGGGAUGAUUCCUACCAGUCCGCUGCCCAUUCACACUCCACUGAUGCCCAGCCAGACCAUCGAGGUCUCUCUGCCCAUCAACACCAUCGGACCGGUCAUGAAGAUGGACCCGCUCAAUAAUCUGCAGGUGGCUGUGAAGAACAGCAUCGAUGUCUUCUACUUCAGCGUGCUCAUCCCUCUAAACAUUUUCUUUGUUGAGGAUGGAAAAAUGGAGCGACAGGUGUUCCUGGCUACCUGGAAAGACAUCCCCAAUGAGAACGAGCUCCAGUACCAGAUAAAGGAGUGCCAUCUUAAUGCAGACACAGUAUCAGGGAAGCUGCAGAAUAACAACAUCUUCACCAUCGCCAAGAGAAACGUAGAAGGCCAGGACAUGCUCUACCAGUCUCUGAAGCUCACCAACGGCAUCUGGAUCCUGGCCGAGCUCCGCAUUCAGCCCGGGAACCCCAACUACACGCUGUCUCUCAAGUGUCGGGCCCCGGAGGUUUCUCAGUACGUGUACCAGACCUACGACUCUGUGCUGAAGAGCUAAUUUGCUCCCACACCUGACGACUCUGCUUCGUAUUUACAGCAAACUGCAGUGUUUUAUCAUUUUCUGCCAUAUGCAUCUAGCUGCCAAAACAAGGGACUCUAAACAGUUAAUGGAAGUACAUCAUUCGGAUCAUUAGUUGUAUUUUUCCUCUGAGAAAUCAACCAGGCAAAUUUCCACACUGAAGUUAAACACUGUUUAUGUUUCUUUAUUUUGGCAGUUUGAAAAGCGUGAUGGAAUCAUCUUCUUCAGCUCCCCAUUUUCUAUUUUUACCUCCCAGUGAAAACACGUCUACCAUUCCAUCCUUAAUUGAGUUUCUUAAUGUUGUGACUGAUGGUUAACCAUCAUGAGUGGAAAUACUAGUCUCCCCAGAUUCUAUGAAGCCAAUUAUCUUUUAUUUUGCACGGCUCACAUUCCUUUUGAUUAUUUUAUAUUGCUUCGGUUGCACCUACAGAAUGAUACCAGUGUUGAUUUAUUCCCUUUGCCAUUAAUAUGUAUGAAGAGUGGAAACCAUCCAUGUGAUUGUCAGGUCUCACUAAAACUUCUGCAGACACUACGCAGCAUACUCCUUUUCUCAUUCGUAGCAUUGGUUUUCGAUGUCUCACUCAUGCUGGUCUGAGAACCGGGGAUACGCAAGUAACCUAUAGGUUUUCCUUUCAUUGCACAGCUUCUUGUAUUUAAUGGGGUUACACAUAUAUAGAUGUGCCGAUAGAAACUAGUUUUUCCUCCAAAAGUUUGAAACAUUGUAAUUGAAAAACUUCAAAAUGCAUUCCAAAGUUGGAAAGGGAAAAUGCAGACCAGAGAUAAGAGCUCCAGUAACUCUAAAGGAACCAUAUCCAGGUAUUUCUCCGCUUCUUCCCAUCGAAUAAUUAUCGCUUCUCAAGCUUUCCUUUCCUGCCAUUUGUGGUUAAUCUGGCAGAGUGAAAUAUAUUGAUCCUGCAGGUGAUGAAACACAGAAGCGGCAUCGUUCCUAGGUCUUUAUUGCAAUCGCUUCUCCAUGAGCCUUCAGCACAUGCUGUCUGUAUUAACACUCCCUUUUCACCUCAGCUGCACAUAAAUCUUUUUUAAGCUUUUUUUUCUUUUUCUUUUUUAUAUGUUUUAAUGGUUCAUUUCAAGUCAUAUAACGCAGGUGAUUGAUGCAACGGAUACCCCUAAAUGCAUACAAAUGUGAAGUGUCUUGUGAAUCAGCUAAAUUCUGCGAUGUAGUGAGGAACACCAUCCCUGUUCUGACUGGAAGUAACUCACUGUACAUUUGUUUAAAUAACCAGGUUGCUGUUAGUUUUAACUUGAAGAUCUUCCCCAUUUGAACCACUCCACAAACCACAGCAGCUACUGAUUAACACACCGGUGCCACUCUGUUUUAAAAAGUCCACUUUAUUUGACAUAACUCCUUUCGUUAUAGCCCCGUUAACUGCAACCACAUAGUUGUACACGGCUUAAUGCACCUAUAUUGUCAUUCCUAUUUAUUGUGCAUCUACCUCCUGCGUGUUUUCCUUUUUAACCGGCUUUAUUGUUGCAGUACCUUCAAUUCUGUAAUGUGCUUUAAAUGUUUUCAUCUCAUCUUUUGAUACCAGUGUUUUCUUUUGUAUUCUUCAUGCCAUUGUUGUCGAGCAAUUUUUAAACCUGUGGCAACACAGCCGCACUAAUAUCACAGGACCAAGCAUUCACGCAAAUGAAUUGCCAAGUCUGUGUUUUAAUACCCAAGUGUCAAUGUAACCUUCUGAUGUUGGCUUUGUGUGUGCUAGAGAGGGUGCGUACUGUACGCCCUGAGGCCCAGAGUUGCGCUAGUACAGUGUAGUCCAGUGAUGGUGUAGUUUAUGUAGCUAAUAAAUGAAAAAUGUUUUGGUAUUACCCUGAAAAGGAAAUCAAGCCUUCCCUCUAUUGAGCAGAACAUUUUCAGUGUAAUAAAUGUGUUGGUGAACCUAUUUUCUUACAUGGUAACAUGUUUAUGUGCCUGCAUGAGCCCACUGUCCUUUUUAUCCCUUUUCCUUUAGGAUGUGGCUUUGCUCCAUUUAAAAUCUCCAGACUUCAUGUCUCAGUUGUAGAUCUCAUUGUCUUCAGCACUCCCACUUUAAGAAGUAUAUCCAAAACGUUUGCCAGCAAUAGAGACUGUAUGGUGAGAGCUGUAAUGGCAUCUUAUAUAAAUGGAAAAUGUCUAGAAUUAUUGCUGUAACCCUGUUGUAAAUGGUGUUUUUGUCACACUACCACAUCUUCUGUCAUUAAAAUGUCAAAACACA